CAACCAAAAACAUUGCCGUUAUACAAAAUCGGUUGGUAUAUAUUUUCCCUUUUCCCAAUUCUCUACGCCAUGGACCCCAUUGUUAACCGUAGACUCGAGAAAACAAUCGUGUCGGGUUCAAAAGCUACUCCAGAACACACCCGCCUGGAAAAAGAAAGGAAGGCUCGAAGCCCAAACGUCGUCGCCGACGAAGAUGCCCUCCAAAAACAAACGCCGAGCGCAACUCUAGACUGGCGCGCUACAAGUGAAUAA